GUACUUCUCUUUGCUGCUUCACUCAAUAAUAUAUUAAUCUUCAUUUUUUCUUAUUUAAAAGUCAAAAAAUAUAAUCAUCACAACCAUUUAAUUACAUAAUAUAUUUAAUUUUUCGUUCUUAAUUUAUUAUAAUUAGAGAAUGGAGGAUUCUGGUGGUAAUUCUAGUGAUAAUGAGAUGAGAUCUUCAAGUAGCUGCCCAAGAGGCCAUUGGAGGCCUGCAGAAGAUGCAAAGCUACGUAAACUUGUUGAACAAUAUGGCCCACAGAACUGGAACUCCAUAGCUGAAAAGCUUCAAGGAAGAUCAGGUAAAAGUUGUCGGUUGAGAUGGUUUAAUCAAUUAGACCCAAGAAUCAACAGAAAACCCUUCACAGAAGAAGAAGAAGAGCGUCUUUUAACCGCCCACCGGAUCCAUGGAAACAAGUGGGCCCUCAUUUCACGACUAUUCCCUGGAAGAACUGAUAAUGCCGUCAAGAAUCACUGGCACGUCAUCAUGGCUAGGAUGCAACGAGAAAGAUCUAAACAACAAUCAACAACCAAUAAACAACGUAAUAUAAUUACUUCUACCACUAAUUUAUCUUCUACUCAUAUUCCCGUUCACGACUUCCUUUCUAAAAUCCCGAAAUCUCAAAAUAAUAACAAUCAUAAUUUAUUUAAGUUCGAAAAUUCGUUAAUGGUCACAACCAGCCUCAACUAUAAUAACAAUAAUAACAAUAACAACAAUAAUAAUAAUAAUAAUACGGUUGCUCCAUGUUGGAGUUUUAGACCACAAGGUAUGAGUAUGGAGAAAUUUAGGGCAUCCUCAUCAUCAAAUUGGGUUAAUAAUAACUCGAUUUUCGAGCAAUCCAAAAGAUUUUACGGAUCUUCUAGUUUAUUAUCGGAUACUAAGAUUAGUCAAUACGGAGGAUUUUGCAGUUCAUAUGGGGCUAAUUUUCAUAAAGACAAGAAUAAUAGCAAGGUUAUUGUUCCUUCUUAUGGUCCAUUAAUUAGCUCAAGCCACACAAUGAAUGCAACAACUCAUGGAGCAAUGGUAAGGAAAAGAUCAUCACUAUUUUUGGAAAGAAUUGAGAAAGAGGUAGAUGAUCAUGGUGAAGGUAAUAUUAUUAAUAAUAAUAGUAAUAGUAAGGAAAUUCACUUCAUUGAUUUUCUUGGGGUGGGCAUUUCUUCUUGAU